GAGAAGAAGAGAGGAAUCUCCUUUUCCGGAUGACUCAUCGGAGGACUGGGGCGUGCAGGGUGGCUCUCCUGGUCUUCCUAGGACGGCAGUAGCUGGAAGGUGAAUUGAGGACAGGCGGAGGAGAGACAAAGAGGAUGCCAGGAAGACAAUUCCAGACAAGUGAGAAUUCAAACCAGCAUUAAAAAAGAAAGCAAAUGAAGCCAACAAUGAAAGACUUUUCAGCCUCCUCCAGAAAACUAAAAAAAUUCUUCUUCCUCAGGAAGGUGACAGACAAAAGAGAGAAUAACAGGAAGAGAAUUUUGAGCUGGAAAAACCUGUGUAUGUAGAACUCAAGGAAACACUGCAAAAAAGGUCAAGGGGGAUAAUUUGCAAUUUCAGAAAAACGGAAAUAAUCUGGAAAUCAGUGGGGAGGAAGAAGUCACUUGUAUAAUCACAAUAUACAGGCAGUCAUGCAAACCUUGCCCUGUGAAGAAAGCAUAGCUUGAAUGAAAGCAGCAUCCAAGAAGGGAUCCAAAAUAUUUUUGACCUUCACAAUUCAAAAAUAUCAUUGGUAGAAAAGCUCCAUAGAUGUGCAUAUUGUGGGAAAUGCACAGAUUGCAGGUCACUCCUAAUUAACAAGAGGAACCGCACUGAAGAAAAGCCCACCGUCUGUCCUCAAUGUGACACAAACUUUAGGAAACAUGCUACCCUAGUGAUACAAAAAAGGCCUGAAAUGGGGGAGAAGUCAUUUGCUUGUUCUGAUUGUGGGAAAACUUUCAGUCGGAAUUCUCACUUGUUGACACACCAGAGGACACACACAGGAGAAAAACCCUUUGAGUGUCCAGAUUGUGGGAAAGGCUUCAGUCAGAAUUCCCACCUGGUGACACACCAGAGGAUUCAUACGGGGGAGAAACUGUAUGAGUGUUGGGAUUGUGGGAAAUGUUUCAGUCGGAAUUCCCACCUGGUGAUACACCAGAAGACUCACACAAGGCAGAAAGCGUAUGAGUGUCCAGAUUGUGGGAAAGGUUUCAGUCACAAUUCCAAGUUGGUGACACACCAGAGGACUCAUACAGGAGAGAAACCAUAUGAGUGUCCCAAUUGUGGGAAAACUUUCAGUCGUAAUACCAACCUUGUGAAUCACUUGAAAAUUCACAUAGGAGAGAAAGUUUAUGAGUGUCCAGACUGUGGAAAAAGUUUCAGUCAUAAUUCCAUCCUGACGAUACACCGGAGGACUCACACAGGAGAGAAAGUGUAUGAAUGCCCAGACUGUGGGAAAUGUUUCAGUUAUAAUUCCAUCCUAAUAAUACAUCAGAGGACUCACACAGGAGAUAAACCGUAUGAGUGUCCAGAUUGUGGGAAAAGUUUCACUCAGAAUUCUGCCCUUGCAAUACACCAGAGGAUUCACACAGGAGAAAAACCGUAUGAAUGUCCAGAUUGUGGGAAAGGUUUCAGUCAUAAUUCUAAUCUCGUGAAACACCAAAGGACUCACAGAGGAGAUAAACCAUAUGAGUGUCCAGAUUGUGGGAAAGGUUUCAGUCAUAAUUCCAACCUGAGGAUACACCAGAGGAUUCACACCGGAGAAAAACCGUAUGAGUGUUCAGAUUGUGGGAAAGGUUUCAGUCAGAAUUCCAACUUUGUUAAACACCUGAGGAUUCAUAAUCGGGAGAAACGGUAUGAAUGUCCAGAUUGUGGGAAAUAUUUCUUUUGUAAUUCCAACCUGAUGAUACACCAGAGGGAUCACACAGGAGAGAAACCAUUUGAAUGUUCUGAUUGUGGGAAAAGUUUCAGUAAUAAUUCUAACCUUGUGAAACACCAGAGGAUUCACACUGGGGAGAAACCCUAUGAAUGUCCGGACUGUGGGAAGAGUUUCAAUCAGAGUUCCAAUCUGAUGAUACACCAGAGGACUCACACAGGAGAGAAACCAUAUGAGUGUCCAGACUGUGGGAAAGGUUUCAGUACUAGGACUAACCUUAUAAAUCAUGUAGGUUUACACACAGGUGAGAAACCUUUCAAGUGCCCAGAGUGUGGAAAGUGCUUCUCACAAACUUCCUCCCUUAUUAAACACAAAAGGACUCACAUGGGGGAGAAACCAUAUGGGUGUCUAGAUUGUGGGAAAACUUUCAGUCGGAAUUCUCACCUGGUGAUGCACCAGAGGACUCACACAGGGGAGAAACCUUAUGAGUGUCCGGAUUGUGGAAAAGGUUUUAGUCGGAAUACCAACCUAACGAUACAUCAGAGGACUCAUACAGGAGAGAAACCAUACGAGUGUCCAGACUGUGGCAAAUGUUUUAGUCAGAAUUCCAAUCUGGUGAUACACCAGAGGAUGCACACAGGACAUAAGCCGUAUGAGUGUCCAGAUUGUGGGAAAAGUUUCAGUCAGAAUUCUGACCUGGUAAUACAUCAGAGAACACACACAGGAGAAAGACCCUAUGAGUGUCCAGAUUGUGGAAAAAGUUUCAUUCAGAAUUCCGACCUAGUGAUACAUAAGAGGACUCACACAGGGGAGAAACCGUAUGAGUGUCCUGAUUGUGGGAAAGGAUUCAGUCGGAAUUAUGCGCUGGUAUUACACCAGAGAACUCAUACUGGGGAGAAACCAUAUGAGUGUCCAGGUUGUGGGAAAUGUUUCAGUCGGAAUUCUGACCUCGUGACUCACCAAAGGACUCAUACUGGGGAGAAACCUUAUGAUUGUCCGGAUUGUGGGAAAAGUUUCAGUCGGAAUUCCCACCUUGUGCUACACCAGAGGAGUCACACAGGAGAGAAACCAUAUGAGUGUCCUGAUUGUGGAAAAAGCUUCAGUCGGAAUUCUGGCCUGGUGAUACACCAGAGAACUCAUACUGGGGAGAAACCUUAUGAGUGUCCAGAUUGUGGGAAAAAUUUUAAUCGUAAUUCCCACCUGGUCAUCCACCAGAGGACUCACACAGGAGAAAAACCGUUCGAGUGUCCCGAAUGUGGGAAAACUUUCAGUCGGAAUUGUGAGCUGGUGAUACAUCGGAGGACUCACACAGGGGAGAAACCGUACGAAUGUCCUGAUUGUGGGAAAUGUUUCAGUCAGAAUUCCCAUCUGGUAGUACACCAUAGGACUCACACAGGAGAAAAACCAUAUGAGUGCCCAGAAUGUGGGAAAGGUUUCAGUACUAGAUCUAAACUUAUAAAUCAUUUAGGUUUACAUACAGGGGAGAAACCUUUCAGAUGCCCAGAGUGUAGACGGUGUUUCACACAUUAUUCCUCCCUUAAGGCACACAAGAAAAUCCACAUGAGGCAGAUAGUGAUGAGUGUAGAAAAGCCCUGAUUUUCAUUUCUGAUUUCCCAUUGGAAAUGCAAAUUAACAAUUUAAUUUUUGGUCUUAUUCUCUUUAGUGAAUCAUAUCUCAGUAUUGGACAUAAGGGAGGAGAAAAAAAUGAGCCGUGGUGGCACAGUGGUUAGAAUGCAGUAUUGCAGACUAGUUCUGCUGACUGCCGGCUGCCUGCAAUUUGGCAGUUUGAAUCUCACCAGGCUCAAGGUUGACUCAGCCUUCCAUCCUUCCCAGGUGGGUAAAAUGAGGACCCAAAUUGUUGGGGGCAAUAUGCCGACUGUAAACUGCUUAAGGAGGGAUGGAAAGCACUAUAUAAGUCUUAAGUGCUAUUGCUAUUUAAACUUCUGUUUUUAUAUAUAUUUCCUUUUUUAUAUCUUUUUGCUGUUUAUAAUAAUCAUUCUUAUUCCUCAAUUAUUUUGUUUUUUUUAAAAAAUGAAAUGUAUCCCACGAACCUAGUGCUGGUCUUUCACCGUAAUAAAGAUUUGACAAUGUUAUA